AUGGCGAAGCUCACCCUGCGGGUGUCGCUGCUCAGCGGGGAGUUCGUCUCCGUGGCGGCGGCGCCGGACACGGCGCUCCGCGACCUCCGGCGCCGCGCGGAGCGGAAGUUAGCGCGGGGCAUCGCGGCGCUGGUCUGGGGAGCCCGGCUGCUGGAGGAAAGUGGCACGCUGCAGGAGGCCGGGCUGCAGGAUGGGGACGCGUUAGUGGCCACUGUGCAAGGGGCGCGCAUUGAGACGUGCCGGAGGUCCCCGGCCUUCUUCCUGGUGCGGGGGGACGGCUCGGUGCUCACCUGGGGCGACUGCUCCUUGGGCGUGCCCGAGCUGAAGGCGCCGAGGCAGAUCUGCGCCUGCAGCGCCGGCUUCGCGGCCGUGGCGGCGGACGGCAGCGUGCUGACCUGGGGCCACCGGAGGUGCUGUCUGCCCGAGGCGGACCUCGACCUGGGCGACGUGAAGCAGCUUUGUGCCACGGAGGACGCCUUCGCGGCUCUGCGGGGCGACGGCUCCGUGGCCACCUGGGGCUGCCGCCGCCUGGGGGGCGACAGCCGCCGCGUCCAAAGCCGCCUGCGCCGCGUGCGGCUGAUGGCGGCCUCGCUGGGCGCCUUCUGCGCGGUGCGGGAGGACGGCACCGCGGUGAUGUGGGGCUCGGCCAGGUACGGCGCCCGCAGCUCGGCGCCGGAGCUGCGCGACGCGCGGCAGCUGGUGGCCACGAAGUCCGCCUUCGCAGCGCUGCAGGGCGACGGCUCCGUGCGCACCUGGGGCGUGGCGGAGUGGGAGACCCCGGAGGAUCGGAUGGCCCAGAUCUGCGCGUCGGAGGAGUCCUUUGCGGGGAUCCGACUCUCCGACGGCGCGGUGGUGACGUGGGGAGGUGCGUCCUCCAGCGUGGAUCAAGCGGAUGUGGUGCAGAUCGCGGCGACGCGCUUCGCCUUCGCGGCCUUGACGCGGGACGGCCGGGUCGUCGCCUGGGGCCACCCGCGCUUCGGGGGGGCUUGUGCCCGUGCCAAGAAGAUCCGCGACGCGCGGCAGCUCUUCGCUUCCUGCGCGGCCUUCGCGGUGUUGCGAGCGGAUGGGUCAGUGGUGACAUGGGGUGACGCUCGCUUUGGCGGUGAGAGCCUCGCGCUGCAAGAGCAGCUGCAGGACAUCCGGAAGAUCUCUAGGUUAAAGCGCCGCUUCUUCGAGGGAGAGCCCGUGGAGUCGACAGAGCGCCCCACCGUGGAAGAUCUCCGGUGGAUGAGGCUCAUCAUGAAGGCAGGCGGCGGCAUCUUCAAGGAGAAGGUGAUGCCGUCCAUGCGCGAGAUCAACGAGCUGCUGCGGACGCGGACCUCUGUGUUUGAGGCUUCCGGCAAUAUCUCGGACAGCGAUGCCAGUGGCCAGCCUCUCACAUGA